AUGCCGGAAUGGGAGAAUGGGAAAAUGGGACCGAGACAGUGCUUGAGGAAGCGCACUGCCUCAAGACCUGCGACUACAGAAGUCACGGAUGACUAUGCAGAAGAGAUGCAGAAGCGCGGAGAAGAUGGCUUCCCAAAUGGGAAUGAAACCGCUGCGUGGAUAUCGAAUUUAAGCCUGUUGAUUUCUGUAUCUCAAACAACACCAGACGCGCCGCGCAAGGACACUAGCAGAAACCAGGCCUAUUCGAAACAGCGGACCGUUCUUUGA